AUGAAUUCCCAGGCUUCCCACACUCUGCUCGUCGCGGGCGCCGUCUCCUACGACUAUCUCGUCUACCCCAUGACGUACCUGGACACGGCAGACAGCCAUCACGCGACUCUCGACGAUGAAGGAGCAGACUCCUCGCAGCUGGUAAUCCGCACGAGCGAGGCUGAUCUCGUGGCGCAGCUCCUCACCGCCGCCGCGCCGACCUGGGGUUUCGAAGUCGCCAGUCCAGUCCUCCAACCCGCCGGAUCCAACUGCCUGAAGCACAACGCGUCAGCCGUCGUUGAUUUAGAGCAGUCGGCCUCCUCGUCCGGUGAGAGGUCUUCCCUCCGCGUGGUGACGAAGCGCCAGAUUGGCAAACCUCCCGUUUGGCACGCUCCCAAUAUCGAUCAAACGGCGGCGGCGAAGGCCAGUACAGUCAUCAUCUCUGGUUCCGGUCAGGCAUUGCACGACGUCGAGCCGGCUUUGGACUUUUUGCAGCGGAUUCGGCCUCGCUAUAUCAUUCAUCAUAUGACAAGGCCGUUGGCGAGAGGACAUCUUUGGGAUAUCAUUCGAGACGGACCACGAACUCGUGACGGCGUUCCUGAUCCAGACCAUCUUGCGGUCAUCAUCGACGCCGACGAUCUUCGUGCAGAAGGCAUCUCACUAAGUCGAUCAUUAUCUUGGGAGCAGACGACAGAGGACUUCGUUCGAAAUCUUGGCAGCAACGGGCGACUGGACACACUCGUUACUUGUCCUAAUCUGAUUGUUCGUUUUGGCAACGAAGGGAUUAUCCACCAUCGAGGACGAGACGCCACCGACCCUAAACUUUACUUCCACCCCAAACAGGUUGAAUCGACAAUCAAGACCGGCCAUAUGGUCGGCCUCUCAUCAGCGUUCACGGCGGGCUUUGCGCUCGGAUUUGCUGAUUCCACACCUCCUAACUGUGAGAAGGGUGUACGGCUUGGCAUCCACGCUGCUCGAGACAUGGAGCAAAAGGGGUUUGUCCCCAACUCCGUAGACGAGGCGCCAGACUACCCCGUCGAUGCGGUGAUCAAUGGACUCACACCUGAGAAGAAGUACUCAGUCGUUAGCAUUCCUUCGGCACGAAUAAGCUCUGGCGACAGUUGGAAUAUCUUCGACACUGUGACAGGAGACCCCGCCGAAGUUGCACGACAGAUUGUCACGCUAGGACCCCAGAAAGCACUGGCUCGAUGUCCAAUCCAACAGUUUGGAGACCUUUUGAGUGUCGAGCGUUCAGAACAGGAAUCUUUGCGAGCCAUCGUGGGAGCUGUUGAAGAGCGACUUCGAUCAGAGACCUCACAUCCAACCUCCAUCGGCGUCCUUGGACCGCCUGGCUCAGGGAAGAAGUUCGUUGCAACAAAUCUCAGCGAGCACUUCGCCACCGAUACGAAUGUCAAACAACUUUCAUACAAUGCACGACUAUUACGACUUGACGACUUAGUAGCGCUAUGCCAUACAAUACGAGAUCAUACAGCCGCAGGAUUGCUAACGGUGGUGAUAUUUGAGAACUUUGAGGCUAUACUAGAGCCGAGGAACGAGCUUCUGAACGACUUCCUGGCCAUCAUGCGUGACGGAUUGUUCAGCGAUAGAUCGCAUGUGCGCAGUCUCGGCCAUCCACUCCUCUUCUUCCUAGUGAACCAAGAAGCUCCAUCAAUGGAGAGCACACCAACGCCGACCGCUGGUGAAUUCAAAGAACGCCACACUGUUGACGAUUCAUUAUUGAUGGAUUACCUGCACGGAGUCGUCCGAAUCGCUGGACCGAAUCAGAACAGUUCAAACGAUACCAUGUUCUCCAUCCGACGAGCACUUAUGAUCAGGCAAAUGCUCAAGCAGAAGUUUCCACACCUGGAAGUCAACGGCGCGAUCAAGAUCGACGAAGCCGUGCUCCACGCCCUCCUCCUCGUCCCAUCCUUCAAACACGGCCUUAGAUCCCUAGACAAGAUCCUCAGCACAAGCCGCCUAUCCGGCCGAACCAAAUUCGACAUCUCAGCCCUACCGCCAGAAGAACAGAUCCAGCUCCACGUCGACGGCAGGACCUUCAUGAGCUUCCUCAGAUCGCCCCGGUUACCCGCCGCACUACGAGAGAAACUCGCCCAAGGACUUUUCGAGACGUACAAGAAACAGCGCAGACUGAUGGCCAAGACGGAAUCCGAAAUCGAAGCCCUCGAAUCCGACGCCUCGAUGUAUGAUUGGGACGAACUCGCCAUCGAGCUCAAAGAGAGCACCCGCGCCCAAGCAGACGAUAUCCCCCGCAAACUCCGCGCCGUCAGCUGCUUCAUGCUCGACCAGGACCGCAGUUCACCCCUCAUCCACGUCCCUGAAUUCAGUGUCAAAGAGCUCGAUAUGCUCUCCGAGAUGGAACACGAGCGGUUCAACGCGGAGCGGUUGCAGCGACAGUGGCGCAUGGGGCCGAGGAGUUCGAAUAAGCGGACGACGCCGUUUUUGGUCCCUUGGAGGGAUUUGACGCAGGAGUGGAAGGAUGUGGAUCGCGUUAUGGUCGAGUGUGUUCCGAGGGUGCUCGCGACGGCUGGGUGGAAGAUUUAUAGGAUGCAGGAGGAGAUUUAA